AUGGGUAGCCAAGGACAAGCGGCAACCAACGGCCGGGGAGACGCAGACGACACCGGCGGAAGACGAACCCAGGCGGCGCACUUCGUGUUCGUCCCGCUGAUGGCUCAGGGCCACCUGAUCCCGGCCGUCGACACCGCGCUGCUGCUCUCCACGCACGGCGCGGUCUGCACCAUCGUCGGGACCCCGGCCACGUCUGCGCGGGUACGCCCGAGCAUCGAGUCCGCCCGGCAGUCGGGCCUGCUGGUCCGGCUCGUCGAGUUCCAACUCGACUACGCCCAGGCCGGCCUGCCCGAAGGCGCCGACAACAUGGACAACGUCCCGGUAGAGUACACGCAGAACUACUUCGAGGCCGUCGCGCUCCUCCGCGCACCGAUCGAGAGCUACCUCCGCGCGCACGCGCCGUACCCGACGUGUGUCGUGGCGGACUUCUGCCACCCGUGGACCACGGUGCUCGCGGCCAACCUCGGGGUCCCGCGCCUCAGCUUCUUCAGCAUGUGCGCCUUCUGCCUGCUGUGCCAGCACAAUGUCGAGCGGUUCAACGCGUACGACGGUGUCGCCGAUGACAACGAGCCGGUCGUCGUGCCGGGCCUGGAGAAAAGGAUCGUGGUGACGAGGGCGCAGGCCCCGGGCUUCUUCCGGGGGAUCCCAAUCCCGUGGUGGGAGGAGUUCGCGGACUACGUCGAGCGCGCGCGGGCCGAGGCCGACGGCGUCAUCAUGAACACCUUCGAGGAGAUGGAGCCGGAGUACGUCGCCGGCUACGCGGCGGCCCGGGGGAUGAGAGUCUGGACCGUCGGGCCGGAGCCUGACUCCGUCGUGUACGUCAGCUUCGGGAGCAUCGCGCAGGCGGACGCAAAGCAGGCCGUGGAGCUCGGCCUCGGGCUGGAAGCGUCGGGGCACCCGUUCAUCUGGGUGAUCAGGAACGCCGGCGAGUACGACGGAGCCGUGCGCGCCUUCCUGGACGAGCUCGAGGCGCGCGUCGCCGGGCGCGGCCUGCUCAUCAGGGGGUGGGCGCCGCAGGUGCUGAUCCUGUCCCAUGCCGCGGUGGGCGGGUUCGUGACGCACUGCGGGUGGAACUCCACGAUGGAGGCCAUCACCGUGGGGCUGCCGGUGGUGACGUGGCCUCACUUCACGGACCAGUUCCUGAACCAGAAGAUGGCCGUGGAGGUGCUGGGCAUCGGCGUCAGCGUCGGCAUCACGGAGCCGCUGUUGUACCAGGUGGUGGAGAAGGAGAUCGUGGUCGGCCGGAACGUGGUGGAGGAGGCCGUGAGGAGCGUGAUGGGCGGCGGGGAGGAGGCAAAGGGGAGGAGGCGGCGGGCCCGCGCGCUGGCUGUCAAGGCCAGAGCGGCCAUGAAGGAGGGCGGGUCGUCGCACCGCAACCUGCUGGAUUUGGUUGGGCGCUUCGAGGGUGUCAUGGCCGAGACCACCAAAGGCGCGUGA